AUGCUUUCAAUAGAAAAAGAAAAUUCUAGAGUUGCUACAACUAAACCAUUAGAUGAACUUUUUACUAAUGUCGGUCAAAAGUUUGAGACAGAGACCGUAAAGCAUGAAGGCUAUCGUUUUGACUACCCAUUAAGAUGGUUAAGAGACCCAUCCGUCACAAAAGCUAUUGGCUUUCGUAGAAUGAAGUUCAUUUCAGAAGCCAUACAUGGUUUCCCAUUUACGGUCGGUUUUGAAGUUCGAUACUAUAACAAAGAAAAACGUAUGUAUGAGAAAUUUGAACAGGGAAAACUUUUACAAGUGAAUUUGCUUGUAAACUUAGAAACAACUCUUCAAGCUUUUCAAGAAAAAAUAAACGAUAUCUAUCUCGAAUAUGCAAAACAGUACAACAUUGACGAAGGAGAGUACCAUCUCGAUAUUAUAUAUGACAGGAAAAAUGCAACUGUUAAAAUCAAUAGAAUAGAAGACCUUGGAGAAAAC